UCCCUCCCUCCCUCGGUCCCCCACUCUCUCUCCCGUUCAUCCUUUUCCUUCUCUUUUGCUGGGUCCCUCAUCAUCUCCCCUGCUCUACCCCCCCACUGCAGAGACACUCUCCUUAUAAUAUCUCCUCCUCCCAUCCACUCACCACUCCACUCUCUCUCCUCCAUCUCUCUCUCUCUCUCUCUCUCUCUCUAGCUCGAUCGCUCGCUCUGGGCUCUGCAUGGCGCAGUCCUUCGACGACGCCGACUUCUGGGUCCCCAUGAAGUAUCUCCCCCACCGCGACCCUUGCAUGGGCAGAGACAAGCUCGGGCUGGGGGCGAGCGGCGUCCUCGCCGUUAACCGGCGCGGCUUCGAGGCCGGCGGGCUCGACGGCGAGCUCGCCCGGAGCCUGAGCAACUUCCCCAGCGAGUUCCCCUACGAGAUCGACUCGCCGGUGGAGUCCGCCCUGAGCUCGACCGAGACGGAGAGCAGCGACGAGGAGGACCCUUGGGCCGGGCUGGCUCGAGCGCUGUCUCAGUCCCCCUUUUACGAGCCCCCCGCUCAGAAGCUGCCCGUUCCCGGCUUCGCUCACCACAAGCCCGAGAAAUUAUGGGCCAUGAACGGUUCACCCAAGUCCACACUGAGUGGAAUCGGCAGCUGGUCGAGUCGCAGCCUGUUCUCAGCGAACGAAAGCCCGAAGAACGUCUCGCAGAUUCCAUCUCCAACCACGCCGUUCGGGGCCGAGAGCGAGACUUGGGAUCUCGUAUACGCUGCAGCUAUGGAGGUGGCGAGGUUGAACAUGUCAUGUCAGGAAGCGAAGUACGGCGCUCACCAGCAAAACAGAGGACUCGGCUCCGGAAGAAUCGCUAACUCAGGGCUCCACUCGAGUCACCACCGAGUCGCUCACGUUCUGACUCAGCCAACUCAGCAUCCUCGACAUGCAAGAGAGGACCGAGUGCUAAAACGACAAGCCUCUCUUCCGGUCUGGGCUAGAACAAUGGAGGGCUGGUCCGAGAACCAGCAACAGCAACAACAGCUACAAUUACAGAUUCAGAGCAGAGUGAAAAAUGCAGGGCUUGUGAAUGGAAGAUGCGGGCGAAGCCAGGGAUUCCCCCAAUCCGCAUGGACUUCGCACAACGGUGCGGGCGUGAGAGCUCCUCCGUUCGUCGCCGGAUCCGGGUUGAAGCGCGAGUGCGCCGGCACCGGCGUCUUCCUCCCUCGGAGAUACGGGGAUUUUCCGGAAUCUCGCAAGAAAUCAGGCGGCUCGACGACGACGGUGGUCGUCCCUCCGAAGGUCGUGCAGGCUCUGCAGCUGAACGUGGAUGACGUGAGCGGUCCAGCUCAGCCGUACUUGAGUGACGCUUUUGCCCCUGACCACGCCGCGUUAAUGGCGAGACGGAAUGCGCUCCUGUCGAAGCAGAGGAGUUUAAACCACGAAGUACGCCUCCCCCAGGAGUGGACAUACUGAAGAAUGAAGAAGAAGACCAAGAAGAACAAGAAGAUCAAGAAUUUGUUAGUUUUUGUGAAACAAAUAGGGCCCAUGAAAGGUCUCGACUAGGGAAAAAAUGGUACUUGAUUUUCUCGGUUUUUUUCCUUAAGGGGGCAAAAAAAAAAAGAAAUGAUAUUAGGGAAUCAAGUGGAAGUUAGUGGUAGGAAGAUAGGAGUUAGAAAUAAGUUUUUUUUAAGUAUAUAUAUAAUUUCCAGCUUUUAAGGAGAUUGCUACAGUCUUUAGGAAUUGAAUUAGGGGGAAAAUAGCUGCGGGGAGGGGGGAGGUUUCUUGUAAUAAGAGCGGGGGCAACAUCAAGAAAAGGUUUUUGAUGUCCUCUUGGGAUUUCUUUGGAGGGUUUUUAGCUCAAGAUGUGAUUUUUUUUUCGGGGUGGGGAAGACGCUUUACUUCCCCCCACCUUUUUUUGGUUGUAGCGUGAUGGUUGUAGAUGAGGGUGUCCACAACCACCACGGUCCAUCCUCCUCCCCCCGUCUGUGUAAUAUCUUUGCCUAGGUGAUGAUGAUCAUAAGAAAGCAUAGAGUAUAUUAUAUUAUAUUAUAUAAUAACGAGGAUCUAAGUUUUGUGCUGGAA